CGGGCGGGCGCCGGAGGGAGGGAGGAAGGGAGGGAGGGACGGAGCGAGUGUGCUAGCGACUCGGGCCGCCCCUGCCGCCGCCGCCGCGGUCGGACCAGCGGCCUCCUUCCCUCCCGUCCCCCUCCCCCGCGCGUCGCCCCUGCCGCGGGGAGGAGGGGGCUCGCGUCGCCGCCUCCAGCGGAUCCCGAUGAAGCAGCUGCCGCCGCAGCCGCCUCCGAAGAUGGGGGAUUUCUACGACCCCGAACACCCGACCCUAGACUGAAAUUCUUCUAUAAAGAAGAACUAAUCACAACUGUUUGAUUGCCCAGAAGUACAGUUCUUGCAGGAAAGAGAAGAAGAAAAUGAGGCAAAGAUUGAAAAUGUACAGAAAACGGGAUUCAUCAAAGGACCCAUGUUCAAAGGAAUUGCGUCUAGUCGAUUUUUGCCCAAAGGCACUAAGACUAAAGUUAAUUUGGAGGAGCAAGGACGACAGAAGGUGUCCUUUAGCUUCAGCCUUACAAAGAAGACUUUGCAGAAUAGAUUUCUCACUGCGCUUGGUAGUGAAAAACAAAAUGAUACUCCCAGCUCUGCAGCUGUACCUCUUCAAGUAGACUCAGCUCCUAAAAGUAAAAUGGAUACUGGAGAUAAUUUAUCUACUACAGAAGAAUCUUCCCCACCAAAAUCAAGGGUGGAAUUGGGCAAAAUUCAUUUUAAGAAACAUCUGCUUCAUGUAACAUCCAGGCCGCUCUUGGGUAGUGUUACGGCAGUAGGAUCUCCGCCUUCUUCCACAAUACAGUUACCAGCAAUGAUAGCAGAGUCAACAACCUUAGAUUCACCACCAUCUUCUCCCCCUCCACCACCACCACCUCCCGAGACCACAGCACCAUCUCCACCAGCACCAGUAAUGGCUUUGCUGCAGACACCAUUAUCGUUACCAUCCGAUAUAGCAGUCAAAGCUCUGAAAGAACCACCGCUUGCAGUUGUCACAGAAUCUUCAGAAGCAGGUACAAGGCAGGCUGCUAUAUCUAAUAGCUCAGAAGAACAUGUAAGUCACAAUUUGAAUGAGCAAGCAGAUACUCCUUCACACAGAGAAGAUUCCCAUAUUGGGAAGGAAGAAGAAAUUGUAGAUAAUGCUAAGACUAGCCUGAGCUCUAAAAAACCAGGUUCUAAGAAGAAGUCUUCACAAUUUGAAGGCACCUUUUUUGGUUCAGAAUCUGAUGAAGAUUCUGUACAGACUUCCUCAAGUCAAAGAUCACAUGAUUUAAAAUUUUCAGCAAGCAUUGAAAAAGAGAGAGAUUUUAAAAAGAGCUCAGUACCUUUAAAAAGCGAGGAUUUAGGGAAAUCUUCACGAUCUAAAACAGAGAGAGAUGAUAAAUAUUUUAGCUACUCAAAGCUUGAAAGGGAUGCUCGGUAUAUGUCUUCCCGAUGUAGAUCUGAAAGAGAACGAAGACGGAGCAGAUCUCGUUCUAGAUCUGACAGAGGCUCUAGAACUAGCUUAUCUUAUUCCAGAUCAGAACGAUCUCAUUAUUAUGACUCUGAUCGUCGCUACCAUAGGAGUUCUCCGUAUCGAGAGAGGACACGCUAUUCUCGGCCAUAUACUGAUAGCAGAGGCCGAGAGAGUUCUGAUUCUGAAGAUGAGUAUAAGAAGACAUACUCUAGGCGUACAUCAUCUCAUUCUUCCUCUUACAGAGACCUGAGGACAUCAUCAUUCUAUUCUAAGUCUGAUCGGGACUGCAAAGCUGAGACCUCUUAUUUUGAGUUGGAGAGAAGAGGAAAAUAUUCGUCAAAACUAGAAAGAGAAUCCAAAAGGACUUCAGAAAGUGAAGCAAUAAAGAGAUGUUCUCCCUCUAAUGAACUGAGGUUUAGAAGAGGGUCAUCUUAUUCUAAGCACGAUAAUAGUACUUCCCGUUAUAAAUCCGCCAGUUCAAAGCCUAUAUCCAAGUCUGAUAAAUUAAAAAAUUCUUUCUGUUGUGCAGAAUUAAAUGAGGGAAGCAAACAGUCUCAUUCUUCCAGUUUACAGUCUCCUUGUUCCAAAGGUAAUGAAUUAAGAACAGGUAGUAAAAUUCCUGAAAGAGAAAGGACUGGGUCUCCAUCGCCAUCAAAUCAAUUAAACGAUUCACCUACUUUUAAAAAGCUAGGUGAAUCACCUAUUUUUAAGUCUGAACUUAAAGCACAUGAUAGCCAUGAUAGUAUUAAGGAAUUAGAUUCUUCAUCUGAAGAGAAGAAUGAUCAAUUAAGAAGCUUUUGUCCCUCUGAAUUGAAUAUAAAUGGAUCUCCUGGGGCAGAAUCUGACUUGGCAACAUUUUGCACUUCUAAAAGCAAUGCUGUUUUGAUAACCUCUGAUGAUAGUGUGACUGGAUCAGAGGUAUCCUCUUUGGUCAAAACAUGUAUGCUUUCAUCAAAUGGAUUUCAGAAUAUUAGUAGAUGCAAAGAAAAAGGCUUGGAUGAUACUUCCAUGGAGCUUAGUAAGUCAGAAAGUCCAUUUAGGGAAACUGAACUUAUGUUGUCACCCCACCAUGAUAAACUCAUACCUUUGCCAGUUAUGACUCUGGAUUAUUCUAAAACAGCUGGUAAAGAGCCAGUUGAAGUGAGAGUUUCUUGCUGCAAAACCAAAGAUUCAGAUGUAUACUGUACUACAAAUGACAGCAACUCUUUGUGUUAUUCAGAAGCUGAAAAUAUUGAGCCUUCAGUUAUGAAGAUUUCAUCAAAUAGCUUUAUGAAUUUGCAUUUGGAGUCAAAAACAGUUACAUGUGAUAAUAGAAAUCUGAUGGAUCAGUACUCAAACUUUACAGUUGAAGAAUGUAAGCAAAACAUUGGGAGCACUGGUUCAGCUUCUGUUAAUGAAUUUGAUGAUUUAUGUGAAUCAGUAGGGAGUUCAGGUAUUGCUUCUACUUUUCAGAAUCUUUCACCAGGAGUAAAAGCGGACAGUGUAACCCUUUUACAGUGUGGAGAGAGCACAUCUCCAGUUCUGGAUGCAGCGCUGAAAAGUAAAAGAAGUAUAGAGGUUUUUAAACAUGCAGGGAAAGAAACAGUAGUAGAAGUAGGUAGUGGCCUUCCUGAUUCAGGAAAGGGAUUUACUUCCUGGGAAAACAGGCAUAAUCAUGAAAUAUCUGAGAGAUGUUUGCAAGAGACUGAGGAAGAAGGGAAUUCUGUAUUGCCUGAUAGAAGAGGAAAACCAGAAAACUGUAUAGAUGAAGAAGGAGGAAGGAGAUAUAUGCAUACUUCUGAUGAUUCGGAAGUUGGGUUUUCUUCUUGCAACUUGAAUUUAGCCAUAGAAGAUACUGACAGUGCAACUUGUAUUUUAAAAUGUGACAGUAGUGGUCACGCCCCAGAAAUUGUCUCUACAGUCCAUGAAGAAUAUUCUGGUUCUUCUGAAAGUUCAAGUGAUGAAAGUGAUUCAGAAGAUACAGAUUCUGAUGAUAGCAGUAUUCCAAGGAACCGCCUCCAGUCUGUUGUGGUUGUGCCAAAGAACUCUACUUUGCCCAUGGAGGAAACAAGUCCUUGUUCUUCUCGGAGCAGUCAAAGUUACAGACACUAUUCUGACCACUGGGAAGAUGAGAGAUUGGAGCCAAGAAGACAUUCAUAUGAGGAAAAAUUUGAGAAUGUGACAAAUAAAGCCUGUCUUCCAACUGAUAAGUUCUUCCUUCAUAAAGGAACAGAGAAGAAUCCAGAAAUUUCUUUUGCACAGUCCAGUAGGAAGCAAGUGGAUAACCAUCUACCUGAAACUGCUCAUUCUCAGAGUGAUGGGGUUGAUAGUACAAGUCAUACAGAUGUAAAAUCUGAUGUUCUAGGUCACCCAAAUUUAGAAGAAACUGUAAGAACCAAAAUAUCUUCUAGGCAGCAAGAAGAGCUGCCAGUUUAUUCUUCUGAUGACUUUGAAGAUGGCCCAAUUAAGUCUCGGCAACAGACCAUUUUCACUAACAGGCCAGAGAGCAGACUGGGAAGAAUGGAAUUGAGUUAUUCUUCCUCUUGUGAGCUUUCUCAAGCAGAUGGCUUGCACUCAUCAGAAGAGCUCCAAAGCUUAGGGUGGGACAUCUCUCAGCAAGAAAAGCCCACUACCACGUAUCAGCAACCUGACAGCAGCUAUGGAGCCUGUAGUGGGCACAAGUAUCAGCUAACUGCAGAACAAUAUGGUGCAACACGUAAUUACUGGCAAGGCAACGGCUACUGGGAUCCAAGGUCAGCAGGCAGACCUCCUGGAACGGGUGUUGUGUAUGAUCGAAUUCAAGGGCAAGUACCAGAUUCCCUAACAGAUGACCGUGAAGAAGAGGAAAAUUGGGAUCCACGGAGUGCAUCCCACUUUUCGAGCCAAUCCAGUAAAUUUCUUCUGUCCCAUCAAAAGGAUAAGGGAUCAGUGCAAGCACCUGAAAUAAGCAGCAAUUCCAUUAAGGACUCUUUACCUGUGAAUGACAAGAAAGACUUUCCAAAAAGCUUGGAAAAAAAUGAUAUCAAAGAUAGAGGACCCCCUAAAAAAAGAAGGCAGGAAUUGGAGAGUGAUUCUGAGAGUGAUGGUGACCUUCAGGAUAGAAAGAAAGUUAGAGUCGAGGUAGAGCAGGGACAGACAAUACUGCCUCCAGGCUCAGAACUGAUUGGGCCGUCCUGUGUCAUGGAUGACUUCAGAGACCCACAACGUUGGAAGGAAUGUGCUAAGCAAGGGAAGAUGCCUUGUUACUUUGAUCUGAUUGAAGAAAAUGUUUAUUUAACAGAAAGAAAGAAGAAUAAGUCUCAUCGGGAUAUUAAGCGAAUGCAAUGUGAAUGCACACCACUUUCCAAGGAUGAAAGAGCCCAAGGUGAAGUAGCGUGUGGGGAAGAUUGUCUUAAUCGUCUCCUCAUGAUUGAGUGUUCUUCUCGUUGUCCAAAUGGGGAUUAUUGUUCCAAUAGACGGUUCCAGAGGAAACAGCAUGCGGAUGUGGAGGUUAUACUUACUGAGAAGAAAGGCUGGGGCUUGAGAGCUGCCAAAGAUCUUCCUUCGAACACCUUUGUGCUGGAAUAUUGCGGAGAAGUCCUUGAUCAUAAAGAGUUCAAAGCUCGGGUGAAGGAGUAUGCACGAAAUAAAAACAUUCAUUACUAUUUCAUGGCUCUGAAGAAUGAUGAGAUUAUAGAUGCCACUCAGAAAGGAAAUUGCUCUCGUUUUAUGAAUCACAGUUGUGAACCAAACUGCGAAACCCAAAAAUGGACUGUGAAUGGACAACUGAGGGUUGGAUUUUUUACGACCAAACUGGUUCCUUCAGGCUCAGAGUUAACAUUCGACUAUCAAUUUCAAAGAUACGGGAAAGAAGCUCAGAAAUGUUUCUGUGGGUCAGCCAAUUGCCGGGGUUACCUGGGAGGAGAAAACAGAGUCAGUAUUCGAGCAGCGGGAGGAAAAAUGAAGAAGGAACGAUCACGUAAGAAGGAUUCAGUGGAUGGAGAACUAGAAGCACUGAUGGAAAAUGGUGAGGGUCUCUCUGAUAAAAACCAGGUACUCAGUUUAUCCCGACUAAUGGUUCGAAUUGAAACUUUGGAGCAGAAGCUUACCUGUCUCAAGCUCAUUCAGAACACACACUCGCAGUCCUGUCUGAAGUCUUUUCUGGAACGCCAUGGGCUAUCUCUGUUGUGGAUCUGGAUGGCAGAGCUGGGUGAUGGCGGGGAAAGUAACCAAAAGCUUCAGGAAGAGAUUAUAAAGACUUUGGAGCACUUGCCUAUUCCUACUAAAAAUAUGUUGGAAGAAAGCAAAGUACUUCCAGUUAUUCAACGUUGGUCCCAGACUAAGACUGCUGUCCCUCAACUGAGUGAAGGAGAUGGGUAUUCUAGUGAGAAUACAUCACGUGCUCACACACCACUCAACACGCCUGAUCCUUCUACAAAGCAGAGCACAGAGGCAGACACAGAAACUCCCAGGAAACUCAUGUUUCGUAGACUUAAAAUUAUAAGUGAAAACAGCAUGGACAGUGCAAUCUCUGAUGCAACAAGUGAGCUAGAAGGCAAGGAUGGCAAAGAGGACCUUGAUCAGUUGGAAAAUGCACCUGUAGAGGAAGAGGAAGAGUUGCAGUCACAACAGCUGCUCCCACAGCAGCUGCCUGAAUCCAAAGUUGAUAGUGAAACCCCCUUGGAAGCCAGCAAGCUACCUACAUCUGAACCGGACGCUGAUAUUGAAAUGGAGCCCAAAGAGAGCAAUGGCACAAAACUGGAAGAACCGAUUGCUGAGGAAACACCAUCUCAAGAUGAAGAAGAGGGUGUGUCUGACGUGGAGAGUGAGAGGAGUCAAGAACAACCAGAUAAAACAGUGGAUAUAAGUGAUUUAGCCACCAAGCUACUGGACAGUUGGAAAGACCUAAAGGAGGUCUAUCGCAUUCCAAAAAAGAGUCAAACUGAGAAGGAGAACACAAUAACUGAACGAGGAAGGGAUACUAUUGCCUUCAGAGAUCAAACAACUGUCCCAAAGACACCUAACAGGUCAAGAGAGAGAGACCCAGACAAGCAAACUCAAAAUAAAGAGAAAAGAAAACGAAGAGGUUCCCUCUCGCCACCUCCUUCUGCCUACGAGCGGGGAUCAAAAAGGCCAGAUGACAGGUAUGAUACACCAACUUCUAAAAAGAAAGUACGAAUUAAAGACCGCAAUAAACUUUCCACAGAGGAGCGCCGGAAGUUGUUUGAACAAGAGGUGGCUCAGCGGGAGGCUCAGAAGCAGCAACAGCAGAUGCAGAACCUGGGAAUGACAUCACCGCUGCCCUAUGACUCUCUUGGCUAUAACGCCUCUCAUCAUCCUUUUGCUGGCUACCCACCAGGUUAUCCUAUGCAGGCCUAUGUGGAUCCCAGCAACCCUAAUGCUGGAAAGGUGCUCCUGCCCACACCUAGCAUGGACCCUGUGUGUUCUCCUGCUCCUUACGACCAUGCUCAGCCUUUGGUGGGACAUUCUACAGAACCUCUUUCUGCCCCUCCACCAGGGCCAGUGGUGCCACAUGUGGCAGCUCCUGUGGAAGUUUCCAGUUCACAGUAUGUGACGCAGAGUGAUGGUGUUGUACACCAAGAUUCCAACGUUGCUGUCUUGCCAGUGCCAGCUCCAGGUCCAGUCCAGGGACAGAAUUACAGUGUUUGGGAUUCAAACCAACAGUCUGUCGGUGUACAGCAGCAGUACUCUCCUGCACAGUCUCAAGCAACCAUAUAUUAUCAAGGACAAGCAUGUCCAGCUGUCUAUGGUGUGACAUCACCUUAUUCACAGACAACUCCUCCAAUUGUACAGAGUUAUGCCCAGCCAAGUCUGCAGUAUAUCCAGGGACAGCAGAUCUUCACAGCUCACCCACAAGGGGUUGUGGUGCAGCCAGCUGCAGCUGUGACCACGAUAGUUACGCCAGGGCAGCCUCAGCCCUUACAGCCACCUGAAAUGGUUGUGACAAGUAACCUCCUGGAGCUGCCACCUCCCUCUCCUCCGAAACCAAAAACCAUUGUCUUACCUCCCAACUGGAAGACAGCCCGAGACCCUGAAGGGAAGAUUUAUUACUACCAUGUGAUCACAAGGCAGACUCAGUGGGAUCCUCCUACUUGGGAAAGCCCAGGCGAUGAUGCAAGCCUCGAGCAUGAAGCUGAGAUGGACCUGGGAACCCCAACGUAUGAUGAAAACCCCAUGAAGACAUCAAAGAAGCCCAAGACAGCAGAAGCAGACACCUCCAGUGAGCUGGCUAAGAAAAGCAAAGAAGUGUUCAGAAAAGAGAUGUCCCAGUUCAUCGUCCAGUGCCUGAACCCUUACCGGAAACCUGACUGCAAAGUGGGAAGAAUUACUACAACCGAGGACUUCAAACACCUUGCUCGCAAGCUGACUCAUGGCGUCAUGAAUAAGGAGCUGAAGUACUGUAAGAACCCCGAGGACCUGGAGUGCAAUGAGAAUGUGAAACACAAAACCAAGGAGUACAUUAAGAAGUACAUGCAGAAGUUUGGGGCUGUCUACAAACCCAAAGAGGACACUGAAUUAGAGUGACUUGUAGGGCCAGGGUGGACAGACAGGUGAAUCAGGUAGGACAGACUGGGAGAAGAGCUCCCGUGGGCCUCUGCCCCACGCUGUCAGGGUGGCACUCCUGAUGGCACUGCCACCCUAGGGGACUCAGCUGGAAGCCCCACACGAGCUGCAUCUCCAACAGGUGAUCCUUCCGUAAGCCAUUGGGUUGUGGCUCGAGGCCACCAGAAGCAGCGGUCUCGGGAAACCCUGGCCGGCCCUGACCCCACUCUCAAACUUGGGUCUCCUCCUUGGCGGUGCUGUCAGCGCACAGACCCAUGCGCAUCCCCACCCAACACCCUCUGCCCCGAUGAUCUGUAUUAUAUUUUAAUGUAUAUGUGAAUAUAUUGAAAAUAAUUUGUUUUUUCCUGGUUUUUGUUGCUUUUAGCCUCUGCGUGCUAGGAUCACAGGCAGACUUUGUAAGGACAGUUUACGUUCUCCUGCAAGGUUUAAUUUGUUAUCAUGUAAAUAUUCUAAAGCAGGCUGCCUUGUGGUUUUGGUCAGCCUUGUGCUAUGUUGAUAAGAUUGAUUUACUGCUUAAAAUCACUUUACUUUAUCCAAUUUUUACUGAACUUUUUAUGUAAAAAAUAAAAUCAAUUAAAGAACUUG